AUGGCAUAUACGAAGCCGCAAAAAAUGUCGGAAAGGAAAUCUAGAAAGAACACGGUAAGUUGGCACUAACAAACUUUACAGAUGUUACCCAGUCGCUUCAGAGAUUUUCGGGUUCCAUAAGCUUAUUUGUCCUCUUCUGUAAUGCUAUCCCUCACUAUCAAGCCGAAUAUAAGUUGCAAAGCAUUAAUUCUCUUCGUGCAAAAGUAAAGACUGUCUGACUGGAGAAUGUAUUUAUUUUACAAGCUAUUAUUUGAAAUAAAAUGUCGAACUCUUGACGGUAAUCUAAAUAAAUGGGAACAACAAAAAAAAGGAGCGAUGAUGGUCAUUUGACACUGAAGUUAUAGCCAGUAAUGUUUUCGAUGGCAGAGAUGACAGUAGUGUUGAUGCCAAUGGGGAUAUUGAUGACUGUCACGGAAAUAGUGACGCUGACGAUUACAUCGAUGAUGAUAAUGAUGAUGACAGUGAUGAUUGUGAUGUGUAGGAAAAGACAGUGUGAAUGUUUAGAAGCUCCAUUAUCUUGUUUAUCGGGAUGCAGUGCCAUGAGUUGUGUAGAUCGUGCCUCAAGAGAUAUUCUGUCAGUAGCAGUUAACCUCCAAGUGAUGAUUCAGUGAUAAGAGUUUAAGUUAAAAUACAGAAUGCAAUCAAGUAAAUAAACUUAAAAGUUGUUGUGAAUAAAGUUGUAUUACUUUACCUUCGUUCUUCCCUAGUCAAGUAUGGCUCUUGCUGCUGUAGCUUUGCAGGAUCACAUGGUUCGUUCACUAUCCCUUCAUGAUCCACUGAAGAAAAAGAAAAUCAACCACAGCUUACCUGUGAAAAAUAGCAGAAAUUUAACAUCAACGGAAAAACGCAGCAGGAAAGAUGAAGAUCAGAAAAAAGAAUAUGUUCUUGAUCCUAAACCAGCUCCACUGACAUUAGGCAAGUGUAAUGUAGAUGUUGUGGUUCAAUGUAAUCCUUAGUAAAAUUUUUUCUCUUUAUCAUACAUUAUCAUACCCAAAAACAAAAGGAAAUAAAAUUUAAACCAUGGAUAAAAUUGAACCACAACUUACAUUUUGCAAUAUAAUUUACUGAUAAUAAUUUAUAAUCUUAAUUAUGCAAAUAUCCCUUCCAGAUUACCUAGCGGUUUCUUAGGUAUGGCACCAAUCUCCUGGUCUCCCUUACAAGUCACCAAAUUUCCCAAUGUCUCAAUCAACUUUUGAGCUUUUCUGUGUGUCAAUUUUUAAUUUAGUCUAUAUUUAUCUCAAAAUCUAAAAAUUUCUUUCAUGCACUCACAGCUUUUGUGGCCAUCAUUUACAAAAACAACAGUAUUUCGUUCACCUGUGGAACCAAUUUUGAUGGUCUGUAUUAGUUUAUUCAUGUUUGUGGGCUGGUUUACAGAGAUGUGUAAUGUGUUUGUUGAUUUAUUUUGACUAUGGACCAGAGAAUCGAAGGGGUGGUUUUAUUGUGGAUAUUUUUGAGGGUGGGGUAAUGCAAAUGAGUCUACCAAUUUAAGAUCUCCUGAUGUUGGCAUCUCUGGUUCUGUUAGCAGUAUGUCAGUCUUGAAUGGGCACUCGUGUCCAAUACACACGAACUAAGUCAAGUUGUCAGUCAUCGAAGUUGACUAGUCUACUGAAAGUCAGGUCGUGAGAUGCCAAACGGAAGUAAAACUCAAUCUUUGGAAGUCAGCAUCACUUAUCUGCUCUCCCAUAUAAAUCUUGACGGAUUGUGUUGGAUGGUGAUGGGUCGUACAACACGACUUUGUGUAAGUCUCUCACCACCCAACAACCAGAAAGUCGCGUCAACUAUUUUCAUUGAUGGAUCAUUACCACCACCUUCCCUUUAAAUCCACGACCUGACUUCUGGUAGACGGGUCGACUAGAACGUUAUACAACCCGACUCAGUUCGUGCAUAUUAGACAACCCUCGGAAUUGGGGUGAUAAAGAUAUUAUUGACCCAAGUUUUUGCAAAAAGAGUUGGUAUUGAGGGUUUGAAAUUCAUACCCUGUUGAGGAUAAAAGGAAACUUACAGUAUAGUUUUCAACUAUUCCCUCAAUUGAUAACAAGAGUAUCAAGCUACACAGGCCCAUAUACAUCUGUAAAAUCAGAAUCAUAGCUUCUGGCAAAAUACAAUAAUAAUGUAGCUUUGGCUCCCAUGUAGAGUUUUGAGAAGCGCCUUUUAAUCUCAUUCAAUUUUUCCAAAGCUCUCUCUAAAUCAGGAGAAAUCAGGCCAAAUAUUGUCUAGUUGUUAAAUAACAAUUUUACAAUUUUAAAGCUCAGAAACUUGGCCUUGUUGAAGCUCCAGAAGUUUUACUAUCUGACAAAGAAUGGAAAGAAGUGAAGGAAAAGUCAAAUGCCAGACAGGACUCCUCACAGCCUUGUGUUAUCUGCAAAGAGGACUUUGGACUUCAACAACAAGUAAGCCGUUUAGAUCAGUAUGGAUGCACAGGCAUCCAAUCCUCUGUGUUUUGUACAGUUUUUAUUUUGCUUUUUAAAAUAUUAAAAGUGGAUAUAGAGAAUCAUACUUUAACUAGCCUUGUUAUUAAGGAGACAAUCUAGUUCUGUUUAAAAUAAUUUAUUGUGGGUGGCAAGAGGAGCCCACAACCCUGAUUGCCAGGUUGUUAUUACUUUACUCUCUAACUCUAAAACUUUCCUUUAAAUCCUUGCUAUUUCUAGCGGCAUAGUUUUUUGAGUAAUGAAAUACUAAUUCUUAUGUUCAAAUUUUCCAGCCACUUAUAUCCAAGUUCUUUGUCACACUUCCCAAUGAUCCUACAAGGAUCAGUGUCGCCUCCACAGUUCUCAUGUCCCACGUCCUUGCAAUUUCUCUUUAAGGUCCUGAUAGUUUUGAAACUUCUCAUUCUUCUUUUCACUAAUUCUCUUAUCCCCUGGUAGAGCAAUAUCGAUAAUGGCACACUUCUCUCCAGAUCAGUUUUUUACAACCACAAUGUCUGUUCUUGCUUCAAUGACUUGGUCACAUUGGAUGUUCGUAUCCCUCAGUAGUCUCACUUCAUUGUUUCACUUGAAAUGUCAGGCACUUGUUCAUACCACUUUCUUUCUUCUUUUUUUUCUUUUUAUUCUUUCCAGAUGACAUUUUUCACAUAACUUCCAGUGGACUACAUUUGCAAUACUGUCAUGUCUCUGUUUUUUGGGGGGAUUCUGCCAUCUUGUCAAUAUUAUGGUAUUUCACGUAUAGUUGGUUCUGAGAGCUUUUUCCUGGCCUGCAAGAGUAGGUGCUUCUGUUUGGAUAUUCAAGUCUGCUUUUCAUAACCAGCUCCAAGUUUCUCUUACAUGCGUUGUCUCGGUUUUUUCUCUUGCAGCCUCUUUUCCUUCCAACUGCUGCCUUUUCGUUGUUGCGGGAUGUCUUGGAUUCAUCUUUACUGACAGUUUCCUCACUUUCAAUACACCCUAAUCACUAUCGUUAAAAAAAUAUGGACCUCUUUUUACAUAUUUUGGUGAUGUUGUUGGCAGCAUCAUUAGAGCGGUUUUCACUUGACUGUCGAAAGUAAUUGGUUUUGGUUUUGGUUUUGGUUUUGGUUUUACUACGCCCUUUGGUUGGCUAGUGUAUUUACUUUGGUUUUGGUUUUACGACAGUCAAGUGAAAACCGCUCUAUUUCAAGAGAAACAAAAAUGAACAAAAUCUUUAAACUAUUUUCUCAAUGUUAAAAAUUCCACAUAAUGCAAACUCUACAUAUACUGUUAAACAUUGUAAAACUGUCUUGGAAGAACUGUGACUAUUUUUGUGUGCAUAUACUCUUGUUGAAAUUUUUCCUGCUUUAUGUUUUAGGUUUUGUUAUCCUGCAGUCAUGUUUUUCAUAGGGUGAGUUAAAAGAAACCUGUUUUGUUUGCAAGCAUUUUUUUUGGCGAUAUUGUGAUGUUCAAAGUACACGUACUGUAUUGGAUGUUUGACAUUAUUUCUCAAGCAAAGUGGCUUUAGAAGAAGACAUGAAUUGUUUUUUUGCGUUGAUUUCCAAAAAUUCAAUAAACAUUAAUAUAUCCUUUGUACAUGUAUGUUGAUAUUUAUUUAUUUUAUGCAUUUAUUUAUUUAUUCACUGCAGACUUGCUUGGAAGCCUUUGAGAAGUUUUCAGGUCGCAAAUCAUGUCCAAUGUGCAGGAAAGAGCAGUACCAAAGGCGGAUAAUCCAUGAAGGAGCACGAGAGUACAGAGUUAAAUGCACAACGAGGUAUGUGGCUGUUCUGCCAUAGCUUGAUUUACGGCAUUCUUUAAGACUGAUGGGGUAGCUACAGUCUCAGACAAAAAUAGGUGGGACUCUUCCACUGAACGCUGAUUUUUUUCUUUCUUGUCCAUCUCCUCUCCCUUCCAAUGUUGUUUAUCGAACGUAACUCACUAAAUCUUGCACACCAACAUUAGGAAGGCGAGAAGACAUUCAAGUACCCCCAACAAUUUUGACUGAGACUUGAGUUUUGACGGGAUAUAUAUUUUGCCGGUGAGGCGGGAGCAGCAGUCUUAUUUUUUUAAAAGAAACACUGGAGAGCCUUCGGGCGCUAACUUAGCCUGCGUAGCAUGGCGGUUUUCUCGAGCCGGGCGCACGAGCGGCAAAACCGCGAGAAAACAUAUGCAAGUUGCUCCCGCCCUAAUCUCUUUGCGGUUUCUCUUCCCUCGCCCGCCUUUAUUACUUAGCGCGCCCAACCAAAACCGCCAUGCUACGCAGGCUAGCACUUACUUUUCAAUCUGAAGCAGCUACAUGUAAUUCAACAACUUGUGGAUGGUAUCCGGUCUACCUCGCCACCAACGAAAUUGCCACCAAGAAAUAUAUAUCGAAAUACUUAUCUAAAGGACAAGUCUCUAAAAGAAAUUCUUUCACUUUGGAUUUACAAUGAAAUUUAAGGAGGUAAGUUUCAAGUGACAAUACAUGUAUUAACCAACUUUCAUAAGAAAGGCUGUUGGAUUCUAAACACUGAAUCGCACCUCUCGAACAAUGCAAAUAAAUAAAUGGUACUUUUAAAAAUGGUAUUAAAAAGUCGCGGUUAUUUAGAAAAAAAUAAAACUAAAGGUGGCAAGUUCGACGCAAGGUGUCAAUUAAAAUCGAUGAACAAAUAUUUGGGCUUGAGGAAGAAGUGACAAUCCCAGGUAAUUAAACAGUGUCAAUUAUUGCAGAGUUACUGUAUUACCUGGUGGCGAGUAGACUUCUUGGUGGCGAUUUCGUGCCAUUUUUUUUCAUGGUCCAUCUCAAAUCCGACCAGCCCCCUCCCCCAUCCCACCCCCUUACCUGAUAAAAAAGUAAACGGUGACUUAGAACCCUGUGCGCACGUUUAUCAUCAUCAUCAACAUCCAUCUUAAUUUAUACACGAAAUCGUGUCACUUUUACAUGGUCUUCCUAGGAAUCGUGUGUAAAAUAAUGUGAUAGAUUUUAUUCGAAACCAAUAUAUCUCUACAGUAACGGGCUUCUAUUCCGAUCCACUUGCCAAAAACGAUAGGGUUCCACAAAGUAACGGGCUUCUAAACCGAUACACGUGCCUUCAACAAAAUUACAAUUCUCUAAAUCGAAAAACUACUCCGUUCAAAGUGUCACAUGAUCACGUGUUCGAAACGUGAUCGGCUACAUCUAAGGUCAAAAAAUGUCACGCGCGAAAAGUAACACAAAACUCCGUGACACACUCCCCCCUUGACCAGUCGAAUCACUGGUCAAUUAGUCUCCGAAUAUAAUCAGCAUUCCGGGCGGCAAGACGCCUGGGUGGCCUGAUGCCAUCAAUUAUCUGCUCCUCCCGAGGUUGUUCAUCAUUACUCACGACAGGUAUCUCCAGGGGAAACAGCCUUUGCAUUGGCCUCUUCAUAGUAACAGGUCUACCACUCUUACUGAUAACCUUGACUACAGCUGCUCUAACGCGAUCGUCCGCACCAUGGAUCAACUGCUCCACUCGUCCAAGUUUCCACUGACUACGGGGCAGAUUGCCCUCGAAAACGGUAACAACAUCUCCCUUAGAUACAGCAAUACUGGAUCUAGGCCUGGAUUUCUGCCGAUGCAGGUUCCUUAACUCUGUAACAUAUUCUCUGCUCCAGCGCCUCCAGAAGUGUUCCAGUAACAAUCCCAAGUACUUCCGUCUUCUUGGGAGAUCUUCCGACGACACUGUAUGGUCAAGUGAGGCUUGUCGAUUUCCUGUUACCUCCGGCAGUGAUAAUAUUCGUCUUCCAUACAUCAAGUGACUUGGUGUCAAUGGUUCUUCAGGAUCAUCUGACGAUACGUAAGUCAAGGGUCUAGAGUUGAGAGUUCCCUCAACCUCGACGAGAACGGUGUGCAAUUCGUCAUAGUUUAACUUAGCGUUCCUGAGUGUCUUCCGCAAACAUCUCCUUGUAUUCUGAAUCAAUCGCUCAAAAAAGCCACCCCACCAGGGCGCUCUGUCCACAUUAAAUCUCCAGUCAAUUCUUUUACUGGCCAGGAAUUUCUUGACUCUUGGGUAAGAAAAUAACUUGCUCAAAAUUUUAUCUGCAGCCUUAAACGUUUUGGCAUUGUCCGAGGUAAUCAGUUCUGGUAAACCUCUUUUAGCUGCGAAUCUCCUCAGGCAACGGAUGAAUACAUCAACCGACAGGUCCGUAGCAAGCUCCAAAUGUACUGCUCUCACAGAACAGCAAGUAAACGGGAGAACAUAGACCUUCUGUAACGCAGACUGUCCUGACACCUUAAUGUACAAAGGUCCAGCAUAAUCUACUCCGACAUAAGUAAAGGCAGGUUUCUGGCUCAAUCUAAACUCGGGUAGGUCACUUUGAGGAUGCACUCUGUAACUCUUCCCUUCAUAUCUACGACAAACUGUACAGCUAGCAAGUGUUCUUUUAACAAACUGUCGUCCCUUGACAAUCCAAAAUCUGGUUCUCAGCUGGGCCAGCGUAGCUUCAACCCUAUUGUGAUGCACCCUUUCAUGAGCAUCUCUCACCAACAGAGUUGAAAGAUAAUGAUUCUUUGGUAGUAAGGCUGGGAACUUGGUCUCAUGUGGUACAUCAACAUUAGCAAUUCUUCCCUUACAUCUUAGGACUCCACUACUGUCUUCGUACAAACCAAAGUCUCGCUCUAACUGACUGUAAUUUGCUUGGGACUUCAAUUCUUUCUGGACACUUCUUAACGACUUCACUUCUGCAUUUCCAAGUUCUUCUGCAGUAACCUCUCCCAAGUAAACAGUUCCUUCCUUUAGCAACUUGGCCUUGAUUUUUAAAUUUUUCACAAAGCGCAACACCAAGGCUGUAAUACGAAACAACUUGUCACAGGAGCUAAAAUCUGUGAUCGUAAUAAUAGUGUCCAUAUUGGGUGUUCCAUUUGUAGUUAACAAUACCGCUUCACCAACUGCUUCGAUAGCUUGGCCUUUCUUCAUCUCUACGCAACACUCUUCAGCAAUUGUUUCGGAACAUUCCUCAGAACUGGGCCAGUUUCUCACGGGCUCCGACAGCCAUGAUGGUCCCUUCCACCACAACACAUUAGUCUUUAACUAAGCCGCACCUUCUCCACGAGAUCCUAUGUCCGCUGGGUUCUCAAUGCCAGGACAAUGGUUCCACAUGCUCUCUUCGGUUAAAGACAAGAUUUCAUUCUCACGAUUUUGCACAAACUGCUUCCACUCCUUCGAACCCUUUAUCCAGCAGAUUGCAGUCUUGCUGUCUAGCCACAAGCGUGUCUUGUCAAUUGUAAUCUGUGACGCCAAGGCUUCUUUAACUGAGGACACCAAUCUUGCUAAGAUGACCCCAGACAGUAAUUCGAGUCUAGGGAUAGAAUGCCUUGUCAGCGGUGCCACUCUGGUUUUGGAUGACAACAAAACUGGAAAAAAAUCACCACUCACUUCAAGAACAAAGUAAACAACAGCACAAUAAGCCUUCUCUGAAGCGUCCCCAAACCCAUGAAUAACAUACGACGUAACACCUUCCUCUAAUCCAGCAUACACACACCUCGGUACUAACACUUGCUGCACCUCUCUCAAGUCCUGAAGCCACCUGUUCCACUGCUUCCGGGCAGACUCCGGGAGUGGCGCAUCCCAUUCAAACUUCUCCUGGCAAAGAGACUGAAACAAAAUCUUCAUUUCCACCAGUAUUGGACUGAGUACUCCAAGGGGGUCAAAGAAACUUGAAGUAACCUUUAACAAGUUUCUCCUGGUCGGCUCCAAGUCUUCUGAAAGUCUCAGUAAGGCUUCAAAUUUAAAAAUGAACUCAUCAGUAACACAGUUCCAAUUGACACCAAGUACCUUGUGUUCAUCCUUCAUAUCAAGCUUCUCCAAAUGAUUGACAGUAGUUUUCGCAUAAGACUCUGUAUCCUCCACUACAGCACAAGUUCCGACAGUUCCAACUUGGUCCUCACAAAUCAAUUCAAGCAAUUUAGGUGAAUUUGAAAUCCACUUUCGCAAGUUAAAUCCACCUUCCAAUAGGCACUUCUUAGACUUCUGAUAAAGCGACAGACACUCCUCAACACCCCUUUCUCCUGUCACCAAAUCAUCCACAUAAAAUGAAUUCAACAAGUUCUGAACCAAACCAGGGUCAGCCUCAUAUUGACUGAUAUGAUACUUCAAAGUGGCAUUCAAAAGAAAAGGGCUAGCAUUGACUCCAAACACCACACGACAAAACCUAUAUAACAUCAAUCCGGGAUUCUCUUCUUCUAAACUGUCCACCCAGAGGAAUCGCAGGACAUCACGAUCUUCUUCAGCAACUCCCACAUUGAGAAAGGCUUUUUCAAUGUCUCCUACAAGUGCAAUUCUUUUCUCUCUAAACCGGAGGAGAACAUUGAAGAUUGUUGGAGUUAAGGCUGGUCCUGAGUAAAGACAUUCGUUAAGACUUGGACUAUCACUGCUGGGCCUUGACGACGCAUCAAAAACAACACGAAGUUUGGUUGUAAGGGCAUCCCGGCGUACCACCCCAUGAUGCGGUAAAUAAUGCACCCUUCCAACAUCAGGACGCUUGGCACAGUCUACUUGCUCAAUUAUACCACUCUGCAACUGAUCUUGUAUGAUGGAGUCAUAUUCUUUCAAGAUCUCUGGAUCCUUUCUAAGACGUUUAAGCUGCGAGCUCAAUCUUGCUACACAGUUCUCAAAAUUAUCUGGCAACAGCCCAUGUUGCUCCUUCCAAGGUAGAUGGACCAAAUACUUGCCAUCUUCAAAACUCAAAUUCUUUUCAAAGGCUUCAAGAACAGUAUCCUUAUCUCGAAUGCCGACAGAAUCCAGAUCCCACAAUCUAUCCAAAUCCCCUUGCAGCGUAUCAUCAACAACCCUUGACUCCGUCCUCAACACGUGAGUCGACGAAAACUGAAUACUUGAAAGUUUCUCCCUCGGGAGAUUUUCCACCGGACCCGACAACACCCAUCCAAACUUGGUAGAAACAGCCACAGGUCCACCCUGACCUGACUCCUCCCCCCUUACUGACUUGCCAUCAAAGAAAUCCCAGAUAUAAUCUGAACCAAUCAACAAAUCAAUCUGCAUUGUAUUGCUGGCAGGGCACACAUCAGCAAAUUCAAUGUUUUUUAAGCUGGGAUAUCUUUCUUUAACCCAUUCCAAAUCUUGACCUUGUAAAUCAUUACAAAUGUGAGGGACUGCAAAUGCAUUCAAUGUUGUUUUAAAGUCUGUUCCUGAUUUGGUUAAAGAAAGUUCGACCAGGUUGACAGCUUCCAGCUCUUGGUUCUGAUCCCCAAAUGUUGCAAUUUUCAGUCUCUCUGUCCUGACAGUUUUCAAUUUCAAGGUAUUUACUACCUUUUGGUUGAUAUACGAUCGCUGGGCUCCAGUAUCAAAAAUUGCACGUACAGUGAGACUAUGAGAGAGUUCCUUCCCCGGGAUUGAGACAUUUACUUGAGCAGUUUGUAAGAAAACAUGCAUCCCAGAACCAAUAUGCAAUGCAGGUGAGGCUGUUGCCCCAGCAGGAAUAUUACUGCUGUCUGCCAUACCACUAUUACAAACUGCCAAAUGGUGACGACCACUACACUUGAAGCACUGAAUUUUGGUGUCACAGUUACGGGCUAGGUGCCCCCCACGGCGCAGGCAAUUGAAACACCUCCCUUGUUUCUUCAAAAUUUCUCUUCUUUCAUCAAUAUUUGUUACAACUUGGCACUCAGACGCUCGGUGAUUUCCUUUGCAAAACAAACAGUUUAACUCCCCACGAUUUCCGCUCAACAAUGCACUCGCAGUUAAUUCAUUGCCAGGGUUAAACGAUUUCUUUAAUGGGGAUUUUUUCUCCACAGAUGUAUUCAUACCACACCUUUCACGGGCCUCCACUUCAUUUUUGACAGCUUUUAUUACAGAAGUUAGCUCCCAGUUAUCCUUAUGUUCCCUGCUGACAAUCAAUCGCAAUUCUUCGGGCAACUUCUCCAUGAAUAUAGGAAUCAAAAGAGCUCCAUACUGUGCAGAAUCAAUUCCCAGUGCUUGUAAACCUCUAACCUGAAUUUCCAAAUUAUCGAGAACAGCUCGGAUUCCCUUAACGUUAGACAUGGCAUUCACAGGCUGUAAUUUGAGUAAGGCCUCCAUGUGAGCGCUAAUAAUUAUCUGCUUGUUUCCAAAUCUAUCGGUUAAGAUUUCAAUAGCCUCCUUAUAGUUCAGUUCAGUUAAUGGUAAUCCAGUGAUAGAAUUUAGAGCUGGGCCAUCUAAUAGACUUCGCAGAUAAUUAAACUUGUCAACAUUAGUUAGCGAAGCGUUCUUAUGCACCGCAGACGAGAACGAAUCCCAAAAUGUUUGCCAGUUUUUUGGGUCGCCAGCAAAUCUUUUUAUGUGAAGUUUUGGUAGCUUCGCACCGUUACUAGAACUAGAUGGAACAGACCCACCUUGACUUCCUUGAGGCGAUUCUUGUUUGCCAUGAGAAUUUUCACAUUUCUGUAACUUGACAAGGGCGCCAUGAAUUCGCGCGCGAAACUCUUCAGAUUCCUCUAUCUCCGGUUCUAAAUUUCCUUCGUCGAUUGCGGCCAAAAUCGAUUCGUCCAAGGUCUUUAAGGUCGCUAAUUUUUCAUUGAGCGUAAUAGUUAUCCGUUUUAUCUUGUCUUUAGUGGUAUCAGACCCAUCGUAAUCCAUGAGAAGUUCAUCGACUGAUGAAAGAAUUUUCCUUGCGUGUAAGCGAUGCGCCGCACGUAUUUUCAGGUUCUUCGCUAGUUUUCCAGGCAUAAUUCAGCUAGUUCUGACUCCAAAUCCGGCUCUUGGGACCAAAUGUGAUAGAUUUUAUUCGAAACCAAUAGAUCUCUACAGUAACGGGCUUCUAUUCCGAUACACUUGCCAAAAACGAUAGGGUUCCACAAAAGUAACGGGCUUCUAAACCGAUACACGUGCCUUCAACAAAAUUACAAUUCUCUAAAUCGAAAAACUACUCCGUUCAAAGUGUCACAUGAUCACGUGUUCGAAACGUGAUCGGCUACAUCUAAGUUCAAAAAAAAUGUCACGCGCGAAAAGUAACACAAAACUCCGUGACAAAUUAUACUAAAAUACUCUAAGAAACUACUUGACUAUAAAGUUAAAAAUACAAAAACUUAUAUUAUAGUGAGAGUUACAAUGAGUCAUAGUGUAUUAAGAUAAUCUUUCCCAUGAAAUGAAGUUUUGAAAACAUUUAAACUAGGCAAGUUUCUAAUCUCUGAGGGAAUCUUGUUCCACAGAACAGAUCCUCUGUAGUGUAGGCUUCCUUUUGCACGUUGUUCUCUUGCCUGUGUAGUCGUUUCCGUGCCCUUUUAGCCAAAGAAGCACAAGAGUAACGAGGGCUCCUAUGUUUUCGCUUUUCCUUGUGUGUCUCUAGACUUUCUAAAAAGUCCUUCGUCGGAUUUGAUAUGGCUUGGGACGAAAACUCUCUCGACUUCGUCGCUCGGUCUGCCGCUUCGCUCGCUCCGCUCGCCAAACUCGUGAGGUCGACUUGUAGCAAGUCUAGCGUGUCUCCCACACUUCUCCCACUUGGCUAAAAGGCAAUGGAAACGUCUUUUACGCGGGAUAGCUCUUCCCAGGUGGGCUUUUUGUUUUGCCAUUUAUGUUUUUUGUUUGGUCUUUGAGCAGAAUUCAAGCUGCGUGGCGUGGUUACUUAGUACGUCAGUGGUACAAGAAGCUGAGAGAGUCUGUUCCCCCAAAUGAUCCCAAACUGCGAAAAAAGUUUUACGAAGACAAGGUAAACUUAUUUCCCAUACACACGGCAAAAAGCUGCACGUGUCUAUGCAAUUUGCUGAUUUUUUGCCUAGCAUAGAAUUAACAGGUAUAGAGCUUUUAAAAUUUAAAGGUUAGUCCUUUGGCUUUACUUCGGGGCGACAGUUUUUCAAAUAUACCAAACAUGUUUCGGGCAACACUAUCAAGUGUAGAUGCUGCCAAACAUCGAGGAGAUUUCAUUAAUGGUGCCAACACACGAUUUCGUCCACAUAUGAAACUUCAUACUAUUCUAAAAUUGAUAGUAUUACCAUUAUAACUAGAACUACACACUAAAUGAAUAGUACAACGUGAACAAGAGGUUUCAUUUGAAUAGUCACACCGUAGCAUAUCAUCCACGGACUCAAAAGUUAGAACUACAACUGUACGCACUAAAUAUGUAGCAUCGUGUUAGAGUACUGCUGAAGAGGUUUCAUUUGAAUGGUAACACCAUAGGAUUUCAUCCACAACCUCAAAAGUUAGAACUAGAUUCUAAACAGGUAGUACGAUGUGAAAGUACGGUUGAAGAGGUUUCAUUUGAAUGGUCACACCAUCACUUGGGAUUCUGUUUCCAAUAGAGUACUAAAGUGAUGACGUCAUAAAAAUGAAAUUUCUGAAAUUAUGGGAUUUGUUAGGAUAUUCUGAAAGAACAAUGUCCAAGAGGCCUACUUGCCAAAAAUGAGCAUUUGGAGGCAAAUUGUCUCUGAGAUCGUAGCCCAGUUAUACUCAGAAAACUCCAUACAAACCCUUCUAAUUUUUUUUGGGUCGACCCAAAAAAAAUUUAGAAGGGUUUGUAUGGAGUUUUGUAAGCAUAACUGGGCUACGAUCUCAGAGACAAUUUGCCCCCAACUGCUCAUUUUUGGCAAGUAGGCCUCUUGGACAUUGUUCUUUCAGAAUAUCCUGACAAAUCCCAUAAUUUCAGAAAUUUCAUUUUUAUGACGUCACACUUUAGUACUCUAUAAUUGUUAAAAGGUUUAUUUUCUCCAUGCACAGCACGUACUGGAAUGUAAUUGUGUGGCAUGUACUGUUUUCUUUGUAGUUCCAUAGCAUUAAUGCCCGGCUUCUGCAGUCAAUGGAGGCCAGAAAUCAGAGUGUUGAUGAGCUGCUAUCAGAGAUUGACCAAUCUAUUGCUGCCAGUCGCCAUACAAUGAGGUGAUGCAAGCUAUUGACCUCCAUACUUAAAACAAUUAUUAGAUUCCGUCUCUGCGAUAUGUGGAAUAAUCAAGGUCGAGAUUAUAAUGAGACAAAGCGUUUCCAGCCAAAGCUGGUACAUGUUUAAACACUAACCGAGAGUCCUUAAUUAUUCCGGAAAUCGCAAAAACCGAAUCUAACAAUUGUUUGGAAAAACAUAACGAAACAAACACCAUCGCACUGAACAUAGUUUACUAUAUUUCAAAACGAAUAUAGCCUGCGUGUAGCGUCUCCACACAGGCAAGAAAAGAAUAGACAUUCCCCUUGGAAAUAAAGCAUUGCCCACGCAACCUACAUUGUUAGUUUAGUCUUUACACAGACAUUGUUUUCUUUUGCUUUUCGGAAAUCGACGAACACGCGAGCGAAGCGAGCUCGCGAGAAAGAAAAAGAAAGAACUGUUUUUUCCGCUAGCGGUCAAACAAUCCCUCGCGUUUUUUUAUUGUUGUUUUGUUUUGUUUUUUUUUUUUCAUACGCACGAUCGAUGAUCUCUUAAGACAGUACAUAGGCUAGUGUUAUACUGUUAACUGCUUCCUGAUAAUCUGAAGCUUGCUGUGAUUUCCAAAUAAACUUAUUAAUUUAAUUUUUGACUGGUGAAUUUCGUGCCAAAGAGGUACCAAAAGUCCUUUAUUAUUAUUUUUCUUCCUGGUUGGUUAUGCCAUUUGAAAGGACUUUUCAUACCUGUUUGGUGCGAAAUUCACGGACAAUGGUGGUUGGUACAAAAUAGAAAAUGUAUUAUGUUAAGAAUUCGCCCGGUGUUAGGGUUGGAAAAAGUUGUCAGAGAAUUUCGUUUCAAAUAGAGUACCUCAAUAAAAUUGUUGGAGUAGAGAUCGAAGCUUUGCAGAAUAUCAGGAAAAGUGUGUUCCUUUACGGUUACUGGGAAAGGGUGUACAGUCGAACCUCCAUAUGCGAUCACCUCUCGGAAGCGAGCACCUCCCAUAAGCGACCGCCGAUACAAAAGACACAAAUUUUCCCAGUCAAAGCCUUAGAGUUAGAACCCCUAGUAAACGACCACCUCCCGUAAGCGACCACGACCUUUUUUUGGGCCUCACGGUUGAUGAAUUUCCAUUGCUUUUAACUUCUUGUAAGCGACCGCUUGACACAUUCUCUGAUCUCUAUGUUCGCUGUCUGCACUAUGCUACUUAGAAUAUACGAAGAACUUUAGUGACAACGUGGAACUACACAUGGCAUAACUUAGACAUUGAUGCAAUUCAAUUAACUUCCAUGGUUCGAUUCUUGUAAGAGACCACCUCCCGUAAGCGACCACUCAGUCUUUGCCUUUUGUGGUAGUCGCUUACGGGAGGUUCGACUGUACAAAAAUUGUGUUGCGUUUUUAACUUUAUUAAAAUGCCUCAGGGUUGUCCUGCCCGCUAUUCUUACCUUAGGGUGGGCUGGGGUGGGGUAUAUUAAUAUCCGAGGGAUUGGAAUAUGAACAGUUCGGUUGUUAAACGUUCAAACGGGGUAUGUUGAAGUUCAGAAUCUACCAACAGCUUAUAGAUACAUAUUCUCUACACUCACUUACUCCCCAAGAAAGUCGGUGAUGCGGUAUAGUAUUGUAAGUCGUAUUUAUGCUAAUAAUAGACGCAUUAUUUUGACUGUUUGUUUUCAGGCAGCUUGAUAAAAACGCUGAGGGAUUCAUAGAAGGAACAGACUGGGAGCAAGUUCAACUUCAGGUGAGUGCCGAAACAAUGGGAAGUUUUUUGUAGGAAACGAUUUACCAGCUAUCUCGGUUGGCGAGCCUUGUAUUUGUUCGAUGUUUGUCAUGAAUUAAGUGUAGCCUAUCUGAAAUGUUUUUUUUUUUUUCUUUUUUAGGCUGUACAGCGUUGUGUGACGGAUUGUCCAAUAUGUAUCAUGCCGCUUACAUCCAAGGGACUCUACAAAAAGAAGAACCAAUCUCGCCCCACUGUUCUGCUGUCGUGUUCACAUGUGUUCCAUGCCACGUGCCUGGAUGCAUUUGAAGAAUUCUCACUCGACAGAAAACCAGUGUGUCCCGUGUGCCGAUCACAUUAUUACAAGAAACUUCUGUAGCGGAUGAAAAUUCUUUUUAUUCUUGUACAACAGUGAUAAUACUAUCUAGACUGAUCACGAUUGUCGAGAAUGUAAACCCGUUUGCGCGGACCGCGAGAUCAUGUUGUCUUCCAUGUGGACAAGGAACAUUGUUUGUUAUUUCUUUUUCACUUAUUUAGUGGAUGGACAAAGAAAUCUUCCCACUCUCCUCGGGUUUUGAAUUUUUAAUCCUUCAAGUCCUUCAAGUAGGUGGCUAUACCAUCUUACAUUUGUUGGUCAAAAUUUUAUCUAAAUCAAUUGAGCGUUUUGCAUGCAAAGUUUAUGGCUAAACGGUCAAACAUGCUCUUUUAACACGGUGUUGGACGAAGGUGUGUGUGUGUUUGAAGACUUGCAACAUUUCUUGAGUCCGAGUUUAGCGGAAGGGCUGGUUUGCUUAAAUGUUAUGCAUUUCUCAAAGAUAAUGUAUAUCACUAAACCGUAAGUCCUUUGAUGUAAAACAUUGCGACGCUUGAAGCCGGAUUAAAUACCCGCAGUAAAUUACCAGCAUUGCUUUGUUUAUUUAUUU